GUUCAUCGCCAUCGUCGCUUCCAUUCCCAGCUCUCUAUCUCUGGUUGGGUGCGGACCCGGCUCUUGUGCUCCCUCGCGUGAUCCGUCUGCGUUGCCUCUUUGGCUGCAGUUUAGCAGGUGUCGAACACGCCGAUGCGAGCCCGAGGUGCACGAGUGUUAUAACUACAGCCCUUGUCACGGUCGUGCUCUUCUUCUUCCUCCUCUACCAUGGCCAACCCAUCCACGCGAGAAGCGUUCCAGGAGCACAUGCAGGAGAAUGGACACAAGAAAGUGAAGACUGUCGACGAGUGGCUGCCUGUGACCGGCGAUCGCAAAGCCAAAUGGUGGUACUCCGCCUUCCACAAUGUUACCGCAAUGGUGGGCGCCGGAGUGCUGGGAUUGCCCAACGCCAUGGUCUACUUAACAUGGGGACCGGGAGUGGUGGUGCUGGUGGUGUCGUGGAUGAUCACGCUGUACACGCUCUGGCAGAUGGUGGAAAUGCACGAGAUGGUCGAGGGGAAGCGUUUCGAUCGGUACCAUGAGCUCGGACAGGAGGCAUUCGGACACGAUCUGGGCUUGUGGAUCGUAGUUCCCCAGCAAUUAAUCGUCGAGGUCGGUGUCGAUAUCGUGUACAUGGUUACAGGCGGAACGUCACUGCAGAAUUUCUACAAGCUUGUGUGCUCAGGCAACUGCCCGAUGGCACACCACACAAGUGCCUGGAUCGCAAUCUUCUCGUCAGUGCAUUUCGUUCUGGCGCAGUUGCCGAACUUCAACUCCAUUGCCGGGGUCUCCUUGGCUGCCGCUAUCAUGUCCUUGAGUUACUCGACGAUCGCGUGGGCCAUUCCAGCUUCCUACGGCCAUAGCACACCCCUCGUCGGCCCCGUAAACUACAAGCUCCCGGUUCAGUCUGUGUCAGCGCAUGUAUUCAAUGCCUUCAACGCCCUUGGGACCGUCGCAUUCGCUUACGCAGGCCACAAUGUCGUCCUGGAGAUUCAAGCCACGAUCCCCUCCACGAAGGAGCGGCCCUCCAAGAUCCCCAUGUGGAGAGGCGUGGUGCUGGCCUACAUCAUCGUUGCCAUCUGUUACUUCCCCGUCGCGCUCAUUGGCUACUGGGCUUACGGCAAUCAAGUCACAGACAACAUCCUCGGUUAUGUCGGUAGGCCGAGGGGGGUCGUGGCCAUGGCGAACCUCAUGGUUGUCGUUCACGUUAUUGGAAGCUACCAGAUCUACGCCAUGCCUGUUUUUGAUAUGUUAGAGUCUGUUCUUGUGAAACGCUUCCGGCUUGCUCCCUCCAGGAAGCUACGGCUCGUCACUCGCUCGCUCUACGUCGCUUUUACUGCGUUUGUCGGUAUGACGUUCCCCUUCUUUGGAGCUCUUCUUGGUUUCUUCGGAGGAUUCGCCUUCGCUCCUACAACAUACUUUCUGCCGUGUAUCAUGUGGCUGUGCAUCGUCAAGCCCAAGGCAUUCAGUUUCUCGUGGAUUUUGAACUGGGUCAUCAUAUUCCUGGGAGUGCUGCUCAUGCUGGUUUCGUCCAUCGGAGGUUUGAGGGCGAUAAUUGUGUCCGCAUCAACCUACAAAUUCUACGAAUGAGCGAUCAUCUGGAUGGUGGAUAGGCUCUAUCAAUCAAGAUGGGGAUUACACCCACAUAAAACGAAAGUCGUGAUCUUAGAUAGAAUGCUGGACAGGUUCAUCGCAGCGUGUACAUUACUUGUGAAUCAUGGUUUCGUUGCUUCCAAAGGAUUGCUUUUACACUUCUGUAAAAGCAUAAUGCAGCUCGACCCUUUGUAAAAUGAAAAGCAAACGUUUGGCCUUGCUGCCCUGCGAACCUUGUGAACGAACUUAUUUGUCUCCA